AUGUCCGCCUCGACCAUUAGUCCCGAGACCUUUGUGUACGACAAACGUCACAACAUCAAGCUCGACGCAUACCUUCCUACAUCGGGCAUCAAGGACAAGUCCCAUCUACCCGUCUUUGUGCACUUUCACGGGGGCGGUAUUGUCGCAGGAAGCAGGGACGACACUUUUCUUCCAGCUUGGAUCACUUCCACCUUGCCUUCCAAAGGCUUCCUGGUCAUUUCGGCAGACUACCGCCUUCUCUUCCCUAGCUCCGCCGACGACAUCAUCACCGACGUCCACACUCUCUUCUCUUACAUUGCCUCCCCUAGUUCCGACCUCUCUGCUGUCUUGUCUUCCCAAGGCUUUGCGCUAGAUACUACGCGUAUCGUCGUGUCGGGAGAGUCGGGUGGCAACUACCCAGCCAAGGCAGCAGCCACCCUCGCCUCCGUCCAGCCCCGUCCCAUCGCAUGGGUCGACCGCUGUGGUCAAGGCGGGGACUGGCUCUCCGACCAUUGGGUCAAGCCUUACAACGUCUUGCCGUUUACUCCGUUCAUCAUCUACGACAAGGCCAAGGCCCUGAAGAUCGAAAGAGAAGCUUUCAAGGGAGGAGAAGGGCAGGUGGUGGUGAAGAGUGCGAAUAGGAUGGUGGAUGGAAAGAUCCAAGAUGAUUUGGGGAGGUUCAACUUGUUCAUCUAUUGGCUUGAGCAGGGAUUGUUUGUCGAUAGGAUCCUUGGCCUUCCGAGUAUCUCAGCCAAGCUAGCCACGGUUUCCCACGACGAGCGACUGUCUCUUAUUCCCGCCGACAAACGCCACAUCCUCCUUCCUAUCACCCGGUCUACUUGUCCAAUCUUUGUCGUCCAUGGUACGGCCGACGGUAUGGUGCCUUUCAGCGACAGCGAGGCGAUUGCGAAAGAGAUGGAAGAGCAAGGUCUCGAGGUGGAGAAGCGAUGGAGAGAGGGAGAUUCGCAUGCCUUCUUCAAUCCUGUCACUUUCCAGCCUUCCGCGGGUGUUGAAGAACUUGUUGACGACAUCUUGAGCUGGGUCGGGAACAAAGUGGGAAUCUAG